AUGGCAGACUACUCUUACAAGUACUACAACAUCACCUUCCCCCAGCAAUAUGUCGCCCACGUCGAGAUCAACCGGGCCGACAAGAUGAAUGCCUUUUUCGAAGCCAUGUGGAUCGAACUAUCCCAAGUCUUCGCCAACCUCUCGCAAGACCCCUCUGUCCGCGCCAUCGUCCUCAGCGGCGCCGGUGACAAAGCAUUCACAGCCGGGCUAGACGUCAAAGCCGCGUCCGAGGGCUUCUUAAUGGACAAGGACGCAGACAACGAUCCCGCCCGCAAAGCCGCCGCUCUACGCCGCCACAUCUCUCCAUUUCAGGACUGCAUCAGCGCGGUUGAGCGCUGCGAGAAACCUGUUAUCGUGGCUAUGCAUGGAUUCUCGUUGGGCCUAGCCAUCGACCUCUCUACUGCAGCGGAUGUGCGGGUAUGCGCACGCGAUGCACGAUUCGCGGUUAAGGAGGUUGAUAUCGGCAUUGCGGCGGAUAUCGGAACGCUGAGCCGGUUGCCCAAGGUUGUUGGAAACUUUGGAUGGGUGAAGGAAGUUGCAUUGUCGGCGCGAAUUUUUGGAGCGGAUGAGGCGCUGCGUGUGGGGUUUGUCAGUUCCGUGUAUGAUUCGAAGCAGGAUGCUGUUCGGGGGGCGGUGGACUUGGCAACGUUGAUGGCUAGUAAGAGUCCAGUUGCGGUGCAGGGGACGAAGGAGAUAUUGAAUUGGUCGAGGGACCAUUCGGUGCAGGAUGGCCUGCGGUAUACAUCAGUCUGGAACAGCGCUGCUCUACAGACCAAAGAUGUAUCUUCAGCACUACUGUCAGGAAUCCAGAAACGGACGCCAACGUUUGAGAAGUUGUGA